UAUCAUCUUCUUCUCUCUUAUUCGGACUCCGCCAUAGGAGAGACCUUCUCUGAUCAGAUCAGUCUCCUCAUCCGCAGAGUGAGAAAGCACACACCCAUUUGGUGUGUGUGUGUGUGUGUGAGAGAGAGAGAGAGAGAGAGAGAAAUGAAGGGUGAUUUGAAAAACAAACAAGAAUCCUACCAUGUCGUUCACAAGCUCCCUCCUGGUGACAGCCCAUAUGUUAGAGCCAAACAUGUUCAGUUAGUUGAGAAGGAUCCAGACGCAGCCAUAGUUUUGUUUUGGAAGGCAAUAAAUGCUGGAGAUAGAGUAGAUAGUGCACUUAAAGACAUGGCAGUGGUCAUGAAACAACAAGAUAGGGCAGAAGAAGCAAUUGAAGCUAUAAAGUCCUUCAGAGGCCGCUGCUCUAAGCAAGCACAAGAGUCACUCGAUAAUGUCCUCAUUGAUUUGUACAAGAAAUGUGGGAAAUUGGACGAGCAAAUUGAGUUAUUGAAGCAAAAGCUUCGGAUGAUCUACCAAGGAGAAGCAUUCAAUGGGAAGCUGACCAAGACAGCUCGCUCCCAUGGGAAGAAGUUCCAGGUCACCGUCAAGCAAGAGACUUCUAGGAUACUGGGCAAUUUGGGGUGGGCCUAUAUGCAACAAGCCAACUAUGCAGCUGCUGAGGUUGUAUACGGUAAAGCUCAGCAGAUUGAUCCUGAUGCCAACAAGGCCUGCAACUUGUGCCUAUGUCUCCUUAAACAAGCGAAGUAUGCGGGGGCACGUGCUAUUCUUGAGGAAGUUUUGCAAGGUAAUCUUUCUGGAGCUGAUGACCCAAAAACAAGAAAUCGUGCAGAGGAAUUACUGAAGGAACUAGAACCAUGUCAAUCUACAGUUUCCUCCUCUAGUCCCGUGGGACUGAGCUUGGAGGACAUUUGUGUCGAGGGGCUUGACGAAUUGAUGAACCAGUGGACACCAUUUAGAACAAGAAGACUUCCCAUUUUCGAAGAAAUCUCUCCAUAUAGAGAUCAAUUGGCUUGUUGAUCUCGUUUACUUUAUCUCCUCUCAUACCCAUCUGAGAAUGUGUUUGAAAGUGGCAUCACGUCUUGUGUUUUGUAUGUCUUGUAAAGGGGGAGCAGUGAAACAGGUUCUGUGCCCUGAGCUCGUUAGGUGUGCCUCAAAGAGGGUGUCAGUGACAUUGUCAGUUUAUAGAUAGAACUGUCGAUUUGAAUUGUAUCUAGCAUCACAAAGUGCCGAAUAAACUCAUCAGGUAAAUGCAUCAAAGUGCAUUCUUAGGUGGGUUUAGAUGUAGAACUUUAAAGUUUUGUUGAAUUAGUUGAUCUUGGACAUAUUUGAAUCUCUUGUAUAUUGAGUUGUCCGUUGCAGUUAUUAGAAAUUAUUUUCUUA